AUGGCGUAUCACUACACUCAGUCCUCUGUUCCCGGUGCUGUCACCCGUGUCACUUGGAACAGGGCCCCUGGUCCCGAUGACAAUGACAAUCCGAACCAAGGCCGUGCUGCUUCAACCAGAGCUCCGCAGCAACCUCUGACCCAUUUGGGUGCCGGUCACAAUGAAGAACAGGCCCUCGUGAAUGCUCUUCUGGCUGCUGCUCGCCUGCAAUAUGAAGCUCAGCAUGGCUAUGAUGUAGCUCCUCCUGCAUCUCGUUUCAACUCGGGCCACAUGCAAUACAAUGCUCCCAACUACCCUGCCACCGUCCAUGGUAUGGCCACUCGGGGAAUGAAUCCCGGCACUGCCAACUUGGCUGUCGGUCAUGGAAGAAACAAUACCUUCCACGCCCCCUCGUCCGAGGACGAUAUGGCAUACACUCGGGUCCCUGCCAACACUCCCACGGCUGAGACUGUCACUCCGGUUCUGAACAGCGGCCAUGAGUCGUCGCCUCUCGAUCAGCAGUCGUCUGCUACCUCGUUUUCCACGGAUGGCUCUUUCCACGACGACAUUUACCGGAAUGAUGGGACCAUGGGUCGUCGUUUUCCUGCCCCUCAGACCAAUGCAUUUCGUCGGCAGGAGGCUCUCCCCUUUUCGCCCAUUCCUUACGGGGGCACUCCUUACAGGGACUCGUUCAACCCGUACCAGUCCAUGACUGCCAUUGGUAUUUACAAUGGGGAUCGCACCGCCAUCAUGGGCACUCCCGUUGGGAACAGAGUCUCGGGCCAGCCGCCUAUUGCACCUCCUCCCGGUUUUAUGACCGCGGGAGCCGGUAUGAACAUGAAGCGUGGCAGCCAGGGCUCGCAGGUUUUCCAAGAUUCUCGCAUCGGCCAGAUUGGCCAGGUUCAGAAUGGGCAGAAUGCUCUUGUCCCGGCUUCUGCCUUCCGCACCGUUGGUACGCAGCCUGCUCUUCCUCGGUCCACCACGGCUCCAACCGUCUUGAACCCUGCCAUGCCGUCUUCUUCUGUCAAUCCCGGCAGCGGCAACAACCAUGGCGGUCGGGCUCCUGGCCCCAGCAACCCAGUUGCCGCUCCCAUCGUCAACCAUGUCUCCCGUUUCAUGAACACCCACCACAUGGCUCGUUCUCCCAACACAGUCGGCCGCCACCAGAGCUUCCUGCCCAGCAACGCGGUCCUCCGCUCAGCCGGGUACGACCCCACGCAGCACAACGCGCACGAACUCGCCGUGAUCAAGAUCCAGCACGGCAUCUCGCCCAACUACCAGGGCGACCCGACCAUCGCGCGCAACCACAGCGCCAACAUCCCGCAGUCGGAGAACUGCUCCUUCUGGAUCGUCAACCUGCCCCCCCGCGUCACGACGCACGAGCUGCUCUCGGAGAUCCGCAACAUCGGCCGCAUCUUCGCCUGCGUCAUCAACGCCCCGCAGCCCCAGCGCGGCCACUGCACCGCCGCCGCCAAGGUCGUCUUCUUCGACCUGUGGGCCGCCCAGCGCUUCUACGCCACCUACACGCGCUCCCGCCUCGUGGUCGGCGGUUACCGCUGCCGCGUCAACCUGAACCGGAUUCGUUCCGCUGAGGCCGAGGGUCCCGGCAACCGCACCCGCGUCGUCGUGCUCAAGGGCGAUCCUGCGUUUGUCAACGAGGCUUCGCUUACCGCCUGGUUCGAGGAGCGGUUCAAGUUUGAGGUGGACGAGGUCAUCACGCACGUCCUCAACGAGCAUAUGGGCCACGUCGAGUAUCGCUUUGGCAGCUGGCGUUGUCAGGCCGAGACGGCUCGUGUCGCUAUCAUUCGCGAGCUUGGCUAUGACAGCCAGAACCCUAAGCCUGAGUGCCCGGUUUGGGAAAUGAAGUUUGGAUUGGACCCUUGUGCUCCUCAUCCCACUUCUGCCCUGCUCUAA